GGGCGGCCUCAGAUCGCGUUGAGCGCGCGCCCCGGAUGCCCGCCAUGUUUUAGUGUUCCAAGUUCUGUGAUGCCGAAAAUACUGCUUAUCCUGCUUGCCAUGGUCGUCGUUGCGUCGGCGCUACCGUCGCCGACGACGGCCGACGACGACGACGAGGAGGACGACACGACGCCGUCGUCGUCGGACGACGGGCGCAUCUACAAGAACCCGCGGAACUCGCCGUCGGCGCAGUGUCCCAGGGACGAGGAACAAGCCACAUUGCUGCGUCAAAAAUGUCUACGCAAGUGUUCGUCCGACGAAGAUUGUAAGAGUAAGAAGAAGAAAUGUCUCUGUGACGGCGCCUGCGGCAUGUCCUGCAUCAAGCCAGAUCGCGAAUGUCCGGAGCUGGAGGAACCAGAAAACGGAAAGGUGGCUGUCACUGGCAGGUUCUUCGGCGAUAAGGCCGUGUACACCUGCACACACGGCUUCCACGUGGUGGGGCUGGCAAGCCGGAGCUGCCAAGCCGAUGGUUCCUGGGCCGGAAUGCCGCCAGCGUGCAAAAAGAACAUCUACUGCCUGCAACCCCCCACCAUCUCGCACGCCCGCCACUCCGCGCUCCCCGAGCAGGCGACCUUCGACCUCGACGCCACGGUGCAGUACCACUGCCACACCGGUUACGUGACCAACGGCUUCCCCAGGGCCAAGUGUCUGGCCAUCGACAACCAGGCGUCGUGGUACGGCCCGGACAUCAGCUGUGAGCCCCGCUCCUGCGGCGAGCCCGGCGACGUCCCACACGGCUGGGUUACCGCCGACUGCCACACGUUCGGCUGCCGCGCCGUCGUGCAGUGCGGUCAGGGCUUCGAGCUGGUGGGCAAGGCCGAGCGCUACUGCCAGGCCGACGGAGCCUGGGCGCCCAAGGAGCUACCGACCUGCGUCCUGGUUACGCAGGUGCAGUGCCCGCCGCCGGAGGCGCCACGCCACGGGAAGGCGGUGUAUACUUCGUGCGCCUACAACUCGGUGGUGUCAUACGAGUGCAAAUAUGGAUACAGACUGGUGGGAGACGCCACAAGGCGCUGCGGGGCUGAUAAGAAGUGGUCGGGGACUCAGCCUUUGUGUAAAGAAAUCAACUGCGGACACCCCGGCCAGCUCUGGAACGGAUGGUUAGAGAACAUCUCUUCGGGGACCGGGCUGGGAGCGUCCAUCAUCUUCCGAUGUCAGGACGGGAUGAAGAUGGAAGGAAACGGGUCUGCGAUCUGCCAGAAUGAUGGGACUUGGAGCCACCCGCUGCCUCAGUGUUUAGCACCCUGCGUAGUUCCCCACGUCUCUCAAGGCCGAAUCAGACUAGUAGAAAACAAGACAGGCGAGAACGAAACUCAAGAAGAGAACACCCAGAUUGUCGGCAGUUCGUCCAUGGUGCAACACGGAGAGAUUAUCCUGGUGGACUGUGAGAAGAAUUACGAGUUUCCAUCGAAUAAUGCUGCUGUUACGUGCAAUAAUGGGACUUGGACUCAGAUACCUAGGUGUAGCCCUGCGAGAUGUAAGAAAAUGCCCCGUUUCCCCCGGAACGGGAUGGUCAUAGCCCCUAAGACAGAACACGGUAUGAAGGCCCGGUAUCGCUGCAAGGACGGCUACGAGCUGAGAGGCAACCCUAUUGUGGUCUGCUCUUUCGGAAACUGGAGUGGGGAAGCUGCUAAAUGUGAAGAAGUGUUCUGCCCUUUCCCGGGCUACAUCGAAAAUGGGAAGGUUUUGCUAGUCGGUAAUAUGGGACUCUACGACUACAGACCUUAUGUUAAGAAGGUGGUAAACAAUAAACAGAUAAUGUACGAGUGUGACAAGGGCUACGUGCUGUCUGAGGGAGCCCCUGGAGCCACGUGCGUUGGAGGUCAUUGGAGUCCCAGGGAACUGCCUAAGUGCACUCUAUUUCAGCAUCCUCGUAUAAGAUGGAAUCGUAGACGCCGCUCCAUCCCGGAAACGGAAAUACGUCACAGACGAUCCGCCUUCCUUCGACAUUACUAUAACAACAUCCGGCGCCAAACUGAAGCUCCUGACCCAUACGUAGAUGAACUAUACAGUAAAUACAACCAUGAUGACCCAAAACCGACCUUAAGACACGCUAAUUUCAAAAUAAUGAAGAAAUUCGAUAUUGAAUCCGAUGGAGAUGAAAUGGAAACAGAGACUGAACAUGAGAAUAGAGAGAAUUUCCCAACUGCCGUAUACACAGUUUACAAUGUUCAUGGUGAACCUAUAGGACAUAGGAUGUAUUCGUAUCAGCCUGUAUAUGAGCCUGAAGAUGAUGAAGUAGUACAAAAGGAAGACAGGUCUGAAUACGAGGACUCUUCAGAGCUUGAUGAUGAUGAUUUGUCCCACGUUACGGUGUUGAAAGGUGGUAUGUUCCCUGAUCACCAAACAGACGGACAUGCAAAGAAAAUUAACAUACUGAAACAUCAAUAUUUUGAACGAUACGUAGAUAAACGGAGGAAGAGAUUUUUAACGCCUAAAACAAGCGAAGAAAACAGAAAAGAUAUGGAUGUAGAAUUGCAAGGUGCUGAAAGUAAUAUAGCUGAAUUAACAACGAAAAGUAUAGAUAGUUCAACGCAUACUAGAAUCAAACGGGAUGUAAAUACAGAGGAAGGUGAUACAGAUGUGUGGACUGCGAAUCCCGUUCAUACAGAUUUAGAUAACAUUAAUGAAAUUAGUAGCCAUCUCCUUAGGGUCCUGCCACUUGAAAUCGAAGAAAUUAAACAUCAAAAUGAGACAAGUAGCGGUAGCAAAGAAAUGGCAGUCAUACCUCUACAAUAUAACAAUACAAAUUCAACGGAAGUAGACAAUAUCUUGGACAAGCGGGACAAGAGAACUAGUAGAAAAACUGAUCGAUUAAAUCAGACGACCGCUGCUAUUCCUAAAACAGGACGUGACGGCAAGAGUGGGAGACUGAGACAACAACACUCAGACAGUGAAGAAGGAGCAGAACAGACAGAUUCAAAAGAAACCGACGGAGCAAUGUCAGAAGGAAACGGUGAAAAGGGGAAAAAGGGACGACCAAAGAGCCCUUGUGAACCUAUCGAAAGUGAACCUUAUAUUAAUAUUGAAAUUGUUAAGUUAGGACGGGAUCCUAAUAACACUUUUAGUUCAGGAACAAUAGUGAGAGUAGCCUGUGGCAAAGGCUACGGACUGAAUUUAGACCUGAACACAACAGCCAAAUGCGUUAGAGGGAGAUGGAAGCCAGACAAGCCGAAAUGUGAAAUCCUUCCAUGUCACGUGCCUUCGACGGAGUACGGCAUAUACAUCAUGUCACCGGACGCCAGCCACACGAACGUGGGUCCGAUACUGGGGACCCCUGGAACGGGACAUGCGGAGGAGAGAGAACUGAACGAGACAGACCCUGUCCCUAAUGGACAGGUUGUGCAUUUCUCCUGUGAAUAUGGAUACAAUGUCCAGGGACCUACAAACCUCCGCUGUUGGUUGGGAGAAUGGGCUGUUACCAGUAUGCCUGAAUGUGUUCCAGCGCCCUGCGAACUACCCCAGCUUAACGGGGCCACAUACGAGGCAGGUUAUCGAGCAGGCCUGACGGUAGCGCACGCCUCAUCUGUCAACAUAGCCUGCGAAGCUGGCAGAUCACCGCCGGCCACGCUCAACUGUCAUUUAGGGAGGUUGCAGCCGACUGUACAUGAUUUUUGCAGGCCAUUAGCCAACUUGUCAAGACCACGGCCAACAUCAGAGUUCCAGAGCGGAUCAGACAUAGUCAGAGAAGACGUGUCCGACCUCGAACCAGACUUGGAAGGGAAAGCGGUUGCAGAAUGUGGUCCACCAGCCAGGGUCCAAGGAACUCUGAUAUACCGCGAUGGAGCUGAAGUGAACGGGACACAGAUCAUGGAGGGUUAUCCUCAUGGAACGGAGAUCACCUUCAAAUGCAUAGCAUCCAUCAUGGGGGAGAAGACCACGUGGAAAUUGAUCUGUGAACAUGGACAUUGGGUGGGGAAGAGCUUUAACUGUGAAGAAAUCGAGGCUCAAAAUGAGGAGCUCCUGAACAACAACAGCUGCACUUAUCACAAUGAAGAACCACACGUGGUGUCUUUCUUCAAUGACUUGGAAAUCACCGAGACGGUUGACUUUCCUGCCGGAUCUGUUAUAGUCUCGAGAUGCAGUGAUAUCGGCAAGUAUGCCAUGACGGGGUCACAGACUAGAAAAUGCUUGGGCAGUACUUGGGAUGGCACCAAGCCCACUUGCUUCGGUCUUAACCAAGAGAACGACUAUGCCAUGGAGAAGCCCCCGACGAUCCUGUUCCGCUAUUCUGGGGGCCCCAUCGCGCAGACCAACGAUGGAAAACUGCUGGUAUACCCUGGGGUGUCGCUCCAUAUGGAGUGUCUUUGGAUGAGGAGGUUCGGGAACCCGAAGUGGAAUGUGACGCUUAAUAAUCCUGAAUCCGAGCGCAAGUACACAGAAGGCUGGACAACAGACCCUGGGCGUGACAGUCAGCUGGAGUACCGGCUGAGCAUCAUCAGCGCGGAGAAGGAGGAUUCAGGAGUGUACCGGUGUGAGACGCCGGCCAGGCAGUGGCACCAAGUGGAGAUUAUUGUUGAAGACGUUCACUGCCCGCCUCUACCCAUCCGUCGUGGCCUCGUCGCCAGCGGCCAAGGCACCCGUCUCGGCACUGAGAUCCGCUUCCACUGUGCUAACGGCAAUGCCUUACUGGGCGCUUCGAGUCUCGUGUGCCGAGCUUCGGGAAACUGGAGCGCCCCGCUGCCAGUGUGCGAAAGUGUCGAAUGCGGUGAAGUCAUCCACGACACGCCCCUACAUGAAGGCGAGCGCCGGCCCCGCGUCGCCGUUGUCUCCCGCGGAGUCGGAGGCCGCGCUGCGUUCUCAUGUCCUGCUGGGUGGUCCCUCAGUGGGGCCUCGGAGACUGUGUGCCUACCUGCAGCUGAUUGGGCCAGACCUUUCCCAGUCUGCAGAGAGGUGUCCUGCCCGUCUCUACCCCCACCAGCAUCAGGAUACGUCCUCGGCCGCGCCCCCUACCGAGCAGGCGACGUGUUACAGUUCCAUUGCAACCCCGAGCACACGCUGCAUGGAAGACCCAUUCUUGUGUGUCAAGACAGCGGGCGGUGGAGUGACAAGCCUCCUACGUGUGCCCAAGCCUGCACGUACCCCGGCACCACAAUUUCGGGGCGAAUGUCGUCCGUCAAGUUCUACUAUAAGAUCGGAGAAACAGUCAGCUUUACCUGCGAACCGGGUUAUAGGCUAAAAGGCGCUCCUAUGCUGAGGUGCCUCAAAAACAGGAAAUGGUCCAACGCCAUUCCCCUAUGCGCGCCAGCCUCCAACUAUACCGACUCGCCCGUCCUCACCGGCGACAUCGACGCCAUGUUGUCAGACUCGGCGGACAUUUUGAAAACACGCGCUACGCCCGCCAUCUUGUCACCAGAGAGCUACAAAGCCGCCAUGACGAGGGUCGCUGCGACGAGGUUGCUUAGACGGGCACCGAUAGAGAUUUAUAAGAAUAGAGUGAGCAGGGUCAACAGCCUAAUAAGAAGGGAUACGUUGAGAUAAUCUGAUAUUCUUAUUUUACUUAAUUUAGUUGAU